GAUUUCCUACAAAUUGCAUUUUCCUUAUUAAUCAUUAUGCGGGAGUAUAAAAUAGUUGUUCUUGGAUCUGGUGGUGUAGGUAAAUCUGCUCUUACAGUACAGUUUGUGCAAGGAAUUUUUGUAGAAAAAUAUGAUCCAACCAUUGAAGACUCGUAUAGAAAGCAGGUGGAGGUGGAUGGGCAGCAGUGCAUGUUAGAGAUUCUUGAUACUGCCGGGACUGAGCAAUUCACUGCCAUGCGAGAUCUUUACAUGAAGAAUGGCCAAGGCUUUGUGCUGGUCUACAGCAUCACUGCCCAGAGCACCUUCAAUGACCUCUCAGAUCUCCGUGAACAGAUCCUCAGAGUCAAGGACACGGACGAUGUGCCCAUGAUUUUGGUUGGCAACAAAUGUGAUCUGGAGGACGAGCGCGUGGUGGGCAAAGAUCAGGGACUGAACCUUGCCAAAAACUUCAUGUGUGCCUUCCUUGAGUCCUCUGCUAAAGCCAAGAUCAAUGUCAACGAGAUAUUUUAUGACCUCGUGCGUCAAAUCAACAGGAAAAGUCCUGACAAGAUUAAAAAUGGUAGACCUGGCCGGAAAACAAAGUGCGUUCUCUUAUAAAUUUCUUGGGUGGUUCGCAGGUCCGCAAUAUCUGUUGACGACAUAUGAGAGUGGCAUGGGCGCAACAGUAGAGCCCAUUUAAUUAUUUCAUUACUUCAUCAUUCUUGCGUUCAUGAUCUUGUGUCUACAUAUAAUGCAGAUGAAUAACUAUUUCUGUACCUUGGUGCCGAAAGUCCUUCAAUUUCAAGUCCUAAAUCUGUCAGGUCUGAAGAUUGUACGAACUUAAAUUCCAUAAUAUAUUAAUAAACUGAGCAUCAGGUAUUGAUAAUGAUAAAAUGACUUGCAUUUGUAUCUUUCCUGAAGGAUAUUCAUGUCCUGAUUUUCUUAAUGAUACAAUAGAGUAAAUACUGCCCAGUAAUGAGUGAAACUCUGCAGGUGGUCUAUAGCUCUGUAAAGCUCUUCUCAAGUGUCAUGAAUAAUUAUCUAAUACUAAUUACUAAGAAUCACAAAAAUUCUUGGUAAUGUGAUUUCAAGUGGAUUAAUGGUGAAUUGAUACAUAAUUUUGUCCAAAGCACUGCCUGAUACAGCGUUAAUCUUACGUAAAUAAACUAUGAUAUAUUAGUCUCACUGAGAUAAUUAUAUUUGUAACUAACGAACUUCAGUAUAAACAGUGUUGAUCAACGCAUCUAUAGGUUAUAUCUUCUAGUUUUUUUCCUUUCUUUUCAAGCUUAUAAACUUGGUAAUUCCGGUUAUUUUACUUGUAGUGCUUAUGUAUGUCAACUGAAUGUUUCUGUAUGGGCAUUUCAUCCCUUCUCUACUCUGUAAUGAUCUUUCUAUAACCCAAGUUUCGUUGGUACAUUAGGUAUGGUUUCCUUUAUUGAACUUCUGAAUCAGACUGGAAUGUCAUAGCCUUGUUGUCUUGCUGUCUUAUCUCGGGAAUCUCAUAAUGAGUGCUGUUGGCCGCUCACAUUUGCCUCGAAUGAAAGCAAUGCCGGACGAAAUGACCAGCGUUUACCUCAGUUGCCAAAGUUGAAUUUGAAAUUGCGUACUACAUAAUUAUUAUUAUUAUUAGUGGUUAGAGGGCAUGAGUGCGUCUUUUGAACUGAUGCUGGUGCAUGCGUACUUCAAAAGGUCAUAUUCACGUGGAGGAUAGACUGCCAUAGAUUCAUCCUAAUUUCUGUCCUGUGUUUGGAGUGAAAGGCGAUUCUGGAAGUUCUACCGUAUUUUCACUGCACUCUCGUGUGAGCUCAAGCUCAUGAAAAUUGGCCUUUAUUUUUAGAGUCCACUUGAUAAAGAUUGGGAUAUAUGUAGAUGCAGCUUCAAUAAUAUCGAAAUUCAUCUAAACUGUCUCUUAUGUCACCUAUCAAAAAUUUUUGUUUGCUAACUUUCACAUUAUUAUAUUCCCGGACCUGUUCUUUAUUGUUUCUUACACGUCUCAUUUUUUUUAUCGCAACGCAGCACAUCAUUAAGUUUACAUUUAAAAUGCCAGAAAAUGACAAGCAAAUUAACUAUUAUUUCAUUGAUAAGUUUCUGAGUCCAGCCCCAUCCCUUCAACAAUAAUAGUACAAUCGACAGAAAGAUGAAACUUGUGAUGAAUUUGCUUUGCAUUUACUUAGUUAAAUUCGUAGUUAAUUUGCGAUGAAAGUAAAUUAAUUGUAUAAAUACUUGAUUUCACCUAAUAUACAUUGCCUUGUAUUUGACGUCCCUGUGUGUGAUGGUUUUGUUAUUAUUGUCUGGUAAUCUAUCGAUUUUAUUUGUGCUUGCCGUCGCUUUUGUCGCACAAAUACAAGCAUUCUAGAUUUGUUCCUUUUAAUUCAUGCUUUUUAAAUCAGAAGCUGCUCUGUGCAAUAGAAAUUGAAUUCGUUGCUGCUUCCCCAUUUCGAAUUUAUUGAUUAAUGUUGCCCAGAUUUGCGUUUAUGAGUGAAGUUUGCUUUCUUUAUAUUUAAAAACAUCUUCAAGAGUCCUUAUGAUUGUAGCUAAUUUUAUUGCUGCUGUCUGACAAUUUUCUCGUGUUUGUUUUAGUUGUCCAAAAUAUUUCUCUCAGUGGAAACUUCCCUUUAGAAUCCCUGCCCUUUUCUAAAGUCAUUCCAUGCUUAGCGAAUGUAAUCUUUCAUUUCCAAACUCAUACUGCUGCGUGCAUCUGAUAAACUAAAACUGGAAACACAUAUAGACCCGCGCUUUUCUCUACUAUUGUGCACAUCAUAAGGAUUCAAGUCAGCAGGUUCGCCUCUACAGGAUGUCAUAUAGAGCUCUUACAUUUGUCGAGAGACGUGUAUGCAUGCAACUCAUUGCUUACUUUGCCUUGUUUUUAAAUGACAACUCGGCUAGGGAUGCACCGCCUGCAUGGCUCUUCCUUAGCAUGUCAAGUUUAUUAAAUUAAUACUGCUCUUCCGCUGCUUUCUAUGUGGAUUACUAAGGAUUUAGUUUCGUGCACGUCAAAGAAUGCCUCUGACAUUUUUACUCGUCGGAAGACCUAUUGGUUCGCUUUCCUAGAGGCUUCCUGAGCGCUUCGUCUCGGUCAUAAGAUCAGGUUAUUACGAUGAAAGAAUCCCUCGGUCAUAUUUCCUCAAACGAUAGUAAGAGUGUUUUGCUGAACUUCACUUAUUUUCGGCGUCCAUUCGAUAAUACUAACGCUGCCUCCUGUUCGUUGUGUGUCGCCGGUCAUGCCAGACCAUCCGCCCCGCGUUGUUCAUGAAUGAAAUGAUCUAGACCUUCCACCUUGUUGGUGUUCUUCGUGACCAGUGCAAGAUAAGGACAUAGAAAAGUAACCAAUUCACCUCACUGCUACUUCUGUUGUGAGUGGCAGUAGCUAUGACUCGUCUACCGUUAACAGCCGAAUUUAUUUUUUUGUGAACUAAGUCUUUCCAUAAAAUUUUGCCUUGUUGCUCUAUUUUUCGAGUACGGACUCUGCCUGGCACACCAUGAUUGUGGAUUUGUACCGAGUUGAAUGAAAUUGCGAUUAAAGGAAUGGCGAGCACGCUUGUGUAGCGUGGUGCCAUUGAGUUUUUUUUUUUUCAAAAUACGCUCUUAUUAAAUUGUAUUCGCCGGCACGCUCGUCACACUGAGGUCACAUUCUUCGUUCCUACGUAAAUAAUUCCAUCUUUAUGUGUGUAAUUUAUUACUGUGCAGAGUUGUUGCUUGGCGAUGUCACAUACUGAAUCCUGUUAUUUUUUCACAUUUUCUUCAUAAAACUCUCCUUUUGUGGUGCGUUGAAUGUGCGUGAUUGAUGUAAUGACUACGAUGCGCUGCCAUUCAGCGUCGCGAUAUAUUUGAAAAUUGAUUACCUGUCGAUACACUAUUACGUGCGACCUAUUAGAUCGCUCUUAGUAUUGGAGAGCAAUCGGCGCUUCCUUAUGAACAUUUUUCAAGCCUAUAAACUGCCCACUAUGAAAUUAACACCAGUUUCAAAACUCUGUUCUUGCUCCGUUCGGAACCCAAAAUUUAAACAAACUAAGAAUUAAGCUUUUCUUAGCUGCUUUUCAGAUUGAACUCUCUUAUAGGAUAAUGUGAAGGUUUAGAUAUUCUAUUAUCAUAACUACAUGUACAGAUGUGGGAGCGUAAGAUAUUGCUUGACUUUUUGUCUGCUUUCCUCGAAAUUGAGCUUAUACUUGUUUGUGUAAACAGAAUAAUGGAUAUAUACCUAAUACGUUGUU